AUGUCCCAAUCAGUUAAGAAAAGGACAGGUACUGGAAAGAGGGCCCAAGCGGCCUCUGAGACAGUGGCCGAUAUUCCAGUUAUUGAACACAGCAGCAACGCGAAAAAGAAAAAUCAGGCUACUAAAGAAGUAAAUGCAUUCGAGACACCAGCCGAAAGUGAGCCUGAAUACAAGUAUUGGAUAGCAUUAUCUAUUGUCACUGCCCUUGCAUUCUACGUCAGGUUCGUUAAAUUGGGUACCCCCAACAAAGUUGUCUUUGAUGAAGUUCACUUUGGAAAAUUUGCUUCGUAUUACUUGGAACGCACAUACUUUUUUGAUCUACACCCACCUUUUGCCAAGUUGUUGAUUGCGUUUGUGGGGUGGUUAAUUGGCUACAAUGGUCGUUUCAAGUUUGAUGCUAUUGGAGACUCCUAUAUUGAAAACAAUGUCCCUUACAUCGCAUAUAGAAGUUUGCUGGCUAUCCAAGGAACAGCCGUUGUGCCAAUCAUGUUUUUGACCAUGAAAACAUUGGGAUUUAGUGUCACUGCCUGUUUGUUCUCUGGUAUCAUUGUUUGCUUUGACAAUGCUCAAGUAGUGGAUAGCAGAUUGAUUUUGUUGGAUGCAACCUUAAUAUUAAGUGUUGCAUUGACUAUGUUCAGUUAUUGCAAGUUUUCAACGUUUAGGAAACAGCCAUUUAGUGAAAAAUGGUGGACUUGGCUAUUAGCUACAGGAGUUUCAUUGUCUUGCGUCAUUUCGACCAAGUAUGUUGGGGUUUUCACAUAUUUUACAGUUGGUAUUGCUGUUUGUCAUGAAUUGUGGAUCUUGUUGGACUAUAAAAAGGGAUUAACUUUGCAACAGUUUAGUAAACACUUUUUUGCGAGAUUAUGGGCUUUGAUCAUUAUCCCAUUCAUUAUUUACUUGACCUGGUUCUACAUUCACUUUGCUAUAUUAACAAAGUCUGGUCCAGGAGACAGUUUCAUGUCCUCCGACUUCCAAGAAACGUUGCAAGAAUCUCCAUUAGCCAGACAUUCCAAACAGGUUCAAUAUUAUGACCAAAUAACAAUCAAACACAAGGAAACUGGUGCAUUCUUACACUCACAUGAACAUGUGUAUCCUUUACGUUAUGAAGAUGGAAGAAUCUCGUCAAACAAACAGCAAGUUACCUGUGUUGACAGUGAAAAUGCGUCUGCAGAUCCAAACAACCAGUGGGAGGUUAUUCCUGUAGCUGCGCAAGAUGACGGAAAAGCGGGAAAGGAUGUUUAUACCAACGACGUUGUUAGGUUUAAACAUGUGGGAACUGGCGGUUUUCUUUUGACUCACGAUGUUGCUUCUCCUUUAAAAGCAACAAAUGAAGAGUUCAUUGUGGUUUUUGACGACUAUGCUGAACAGAGGUACAAUGAAACUUUGUUUAGAUUGAAGCUCGAUGUUCCAGGAUCAUCGCCCAAGAAACAAAAUCAAAGAAAGCAAAUAAAGACUUUGGCAACUUCAUUGAGAGUUUUGCACAUGGAUACGGUUGUUGCUAUGUGGACCCACGAUGACGAAUUAUUGCCUGAGUGGGGUUUCAAUCAGCAAGAAGUGAGUGGUAACAAAAACAUAAAGAGCAAAGAGAAUGUUUGGACAUUCGACUCGAUUACCAGUUUGGCGGAGUCUGAUCCUAGGAGUAAAUAUGUGCCAAAGAAGAUCAAAUCAAUUCCAUUUUUGAAGAAAUGGUGGGAAUUGCAAGGCUUAAUGUUCCACCACAACAACCAACUUAGUUCAACGCAUCCAUUUGCAUCACAACCCGACUCAUGGCCACUAGCAUUGAGUGGGGUGUCGUUUUUCAAUGAUAACGAUACUAAGAAGCAAAUCUUCUUUGUAGGAAAUGUGAUUGGUUUCUGGUUGGAAGUUUGCUUGUUGUCGAUUUACGUCGGUAUAAUUUUGGCUGAUCAGUUCACAAUCAGAAGGGAUUACCAUUUGUUGAGUAAAAAGGCCAGAUCAAGACUAUACAACACACUUGGUUUCUUGUUUAUUGGCUGGUGCGCCCAUUACUUUCCAUUCUACUUGAUGAAUCGUCAAAAAUUCUUGCACCACUACUUGCCUGCUCAUUUGAUAGCCGCUUUAUUUGCUGGGGGAUUGGUCGACUUCAUUUGUUCAAACAACUCAACAGAUGCUACCAAUGUUGACCAAAAACGCAAAAAGAUCAAGAUGACAUUUUUGGUCGGUACUGCCUCCAUUGGUAUCAUAUGGUUCUUUUUCUACUUUAGACCAAUUACCUAUGGUGAUGUUUCCUUGACCCCAGCUGAGGUAAGAGCAAGACAGUGGUUAGAUAUCAAGUUGCACUACGCUAAGUAA